GUUUAUGAAGAAAAAGACUACAGGAAGGUUCGAUUUGUUGGGCGACAGAAAGAGGUGAAUGAAAACUUUGCAAUUGAUUUAAUUGCUGAACAACCUGUGAGUGAAGUCGAAACUAGAGUUGUAUGGUGUGAUGGUGGUAGAGGAGCUUUGGGCCAUCCUAAAGUGUACAUAAAUUUGGACAAAGAUACGAAAACAGGAACAUGUGGCUACUGUGGACUUCAGUUUAAGCAGAAGCAUCAUCACUGAUAUGUAUCUUUUUGGCUAUGAACUUCUUUUUUCGUUAUAGAAUAAAAUAUAUAUAUAUAAAAGCCA